AUAAUCUUAGAUGUUUAUGCAUAUAUAUAACCAUCAUAACAUUAGUUGAUUUAGAAUAAAACCCAAAGAGCAAAAAUCAACCAAUUCUAACACCCAAAGAGAAAUAAAAACAAUUGAAAACAUGAGAAUUUUAAUUAAAAUAUGGUCGAUUAUCAUGGCAAUAAUCCCAAGUUGGAUUUUAAGCAUGCCAUUAUUCCUAUUUUUCAAAAAGAAACAAGAACAAGUGUAUAAAAGGGAAUUUGUGAACAUGUUAUCAUCAGCAUUCAAGCUGGAUGGUAAUAUUGAAGGUGAUGGUGAGCUACCGAAGGGGCUACGACGUGAACUGAUGCCACGACACGUGGCUAUGAUAUUGGAUGGGAAUCGGAGGUGGGCUAAGAAGAGAGGUCUUGUCCCUGUUGAAGGCUAUGAAGUUGGUCUUGGGACUUUAGGGGAGAUUAUUACUCUGUGUCGAAGAUGGAAUAUUCCUAUUAUCUCGCUUUUUAUGUUCUCAUCUGAGAAUUGGCUUCGCCCAAAGGAUGAAGUUGACUUCUUGCUCGAACUUUUUGAAGGAUCAUUGAAGUACUAUCUACUACGCUUUUGUCGUAGAUAUGGAGGACGAGUUUCUAUGAUUGGAGAUAGAUCUCCACUAUCCAGUUCCUUAAGAAAAGCAGUUGAAGAAAUCGAAGAAGCAACAAAAGACUACAAUGGGAUUCAUUUUGUCUUAGCAAUGAGUUAUAGUGGCCAAAAUGAUAUAGUGCAUGCUUGUCAAACCAUUGCUACCAAAGUGAAGGAUGGCCUUCUUCAACCUGAAGAUAUAACCAAGUCUUUGUUUGAGGAAAAUCUUCAAACUAAUGUUACGGACAUGCCAUCGCCCGAUUUGCUCAUUCGAACAAGCGGCGAAUUACGUAUAAGUAAUUACUAUCUUUGGCAAUCAGCUUAUAGUGAGAUGUACUUCACUGAUACACUUUGGCCUGAUUUUGGAGAAGAUGAAUUUGUUAAGGCAUUACGUUCUUAUCAGCAAAGAGGAAGACGAUUUGGCAAAGUAUGAUAUGGAUCGUCGUAAAAAUGAAACUCUAUGUAGUACGAUUAUCUGGUAUUAAUUUGUUGUCACAUUACUAGUCGAGAACGCAACUAUUAUUUUUAUAUGAAAAAGGUAAUUAUUAUGUGUGAAAGUAUGUGUGUAUAUCAAGGAAGUAGUACUUUCUUUUCAAGAAUAAAGAUGACAUGGAUGUGUCACAACUUUUCAUUAAAUAGUUGACUUAAGCUAUAAUUUAAGGUAUGUGUAAUAUGAAUGUGUUGUUGUGUACUAAUAUAUUUGAUUAAAGUUAUAACUUGUAAUCAAAUUUCGUGUAUAUCUUUGCUUUCAUGUACUAAAUACCCUCACGGACCUACUUCAAAUUCUAAAUUU